GAGAAAAGGAAAAAACCCUAAGGCCCUAACGCAGUCGACUGACACCCCCUCUACUCAGUCGACCAUCGACGUUGCCCCUCUGUCUUACCUCCGACGGUCUCUCUCUUGACGCCGACGACGUCUCUCCUCCCUCCUGGUACUGCAAAGUGCAGCUUUGACGAGUAACGAGUCUCUCCAGUCCAGUCCAGCAAAAACCUAGCCAUGGUUGAGAUGUCGAAGAAGCAUAAAAAGGGCUCAAUCAGCGAGGAAGACAUGUCCAUUCUCUUACAAAGGUAUUCGCCGAUGACAGUGCUGGCAUUGCUUCAGGAAGUGGCUCAGGUUCCGGGAGUGAAGAUUGAUUGGAAUUCCUUGGUGAAGAAGACGGCAACUGGGAUUUCCAAUGCAAGAGAGUAUCAAAUGCUGUGGCGACAUUUGGCUUAUCGUGAUUCAUUGCUUGAUGUAUUAAAGGAUGGGGCUGAGCCUCUGGAUAAUGAUAGUGAUUUAGAAUAUGAACUGGAAGCUCUUCCCGCUGUUAGCAGUGAAGCUUCUGCAGAGGCUGCAGCAUGUGUGAAGGUAUUGAUUGCUUCUGGUAUGCCAAUUGGCUCGACUAUUGAGGCUCCAUUGACUAUAAAUAUUCCUAAUGGUCAAUCAUCCAGAGUUCCUUCAGAUAAUUCACAAGUUGCUAGUUUUAAGCAAGGGACAAUCAUUACUGUUCCAGUUUCUGUUCAAAAACAGCCACUGCCUACGUUGACUUCUGGUGAAGGGUUGGAUACAAAUGGUUCAGCAAGUGGCAGCCUGCCUGCUCGAAGGAAAAGAAAACCAUGGUCUGAGGCAGAGGAUCUGGAACUAAUUGCUGCUGUGCAAAAAUGUGGUGAAGGAAAUUGGGCUAAUAUUUUGAAAGGAGAUUUCAAGAGCGAUAGAACUGCUUCACAGCUAUCUCAGAGGUGGGCUAUUAUCAGAAAACGACAGGGCAACAUGAAUAUUGGAGGAGGCUCACAACUUUCUGAGGCUCAACUGGCAGCUCGGCGAGCAGUGUCUCUUGCCCUUAAUAUGCCUAUGGGGGAUAACUUGAAAGCAACUUCAAUCAGUAUGGCUGGGACAAAUUCACACAUCACACCUAGUAAUUCUGUACAGCAUACUGCUGGGGAAGCUUCAUCCGUUGGCUCGCAAUCCCAGCAUCCGCCCCAACAAGAUUCUGUCCAACCAGUAGCACUUCGGACAGGAACAUCAGGACCUUUGUCAAAAUCUCGAGUGCCCCCCAAAAAACCCUCUCCAAAGUCUAAUCUCAGCCCAGAUUCAUUGGUAAAAGCAGCUGCAGUUGCUGCUGGGGCUCGCAUUGCUACCCCAUCGGAUGCUGCAUCACUGCUCAAGGCUGCACAGGCGAAGAAUGCUGUUCAUAUUAUUCCCGGAGGAGGUUCUUUGAUGAAGUCAUCGGUGGCUGGUAAUGGAAAUCCACUGCCGCCUAAUGUGCACUACAUUCGUACAGGCCUGGCAGCUACACAUUCCACCUAUUCUAAUGUUCCGCCCAAUGCCUCACGAGCUGGUGGAACACUGCAAGUGCAAGUUCCGGCUCUGAAACCUGCAGCUCUAACUGUUCAGCUUAAUCCAACGAGCACUGCCCCAGAAUUAAAUGCAUCAUCUGAAGUGAUAAAUGCUGCUACCUUUAUUUCAACCAUUGAACUUGAGGUCAAUACUGCAGAAGAUGUUAUGUUGGGUUCAGGCAAUGAACUGAAAGAGGAUCGAGACGCUGUUGCAGGCUGUGCACCAACACAACUUGUCCAAGAAGAUCAAGUUGCUUUUUCAGGCAAUGCACUUACAGAGCAAGUCCAGGAAGAUCAAGCUUCUUUUUCGGGCAAUGCACCAGAUGAGCAAGUUCAAGAAAGUGAAUCUUCUGUUUUAGGUUAUGCUCUGAAGGAGCACAUUCAAGAAGAUCAGGCUUCUUUUUUGAGCAAGAAUCCAAAUACACUAGUUAUAGAAAAUCAAACUACUUUACCAAUCUCGGAAGCAAUGCUAAAAAGUCAAAAGGAUUUUGCUGCGGAGUCUAUAUGUUCAUCAUGUGCAGACACAGCUGGGAAUGGGCAUAUGAUUAUGAUUGGCAACCAGGUUGUUGCUGAGUAUAAGAGCACAAAUGAUGAUACCAUGAUGGAUUUUCCAGGGGAGGACGCAAGUGAAAACCAAUCUGCAGUUAAGAAUAUUUGUGGGAAUGAGAUUGUUAAUGGGGAACAAGAGGAGUUAACAAGCAUGGUUGUGGAUGAGUGUGAUGAAAAAGUGGAGUUGCCAUGCAAAUCUGCAGCUGGACCUCAGACAGUGGAGGAAGAAAAAUGAGCGCUUGGGUAGGAGUGACUCUGCAAAAUACUUCCCUCUCAAUUUGUAUGUAGCUUUGCUUCAGGUUUUUUUUUUUUUUUUGUGAAAAUCAAAUCUUUCUCCAUUUUGAGGAACAGUAAAUAAAGUCUUGUGUGAUAUAUUGAUUUGUAAAUUGUGUAAUAGCUUUUCUUUUGAGGUCGUCGUGAAUCACCAAGGAUGCAUUUUAGCAUUAUAGGAGCUAGGGUGGAAUGUGUUUGGAA